AUGCGUUUUAAUCGCAUUUAUGACUUUCAAAGAGCUCUCUGUGAAGAUUCAGAGCUUAUUGAAAGAUGGUUUCGAUUGGUAUCGAAUAUGCGGGCCAAAUAUGGUAUUCUGGAUUGCGAUUUCUACAACUUCGAUGAGACAGGCUUUAUGAUGGGACAAAUAUCAUUACAUAUAGUAGUUACUAAAGCUGAUCGAUGUGGAAAAAGCAAAGCUAUACAAUCAGGCAAUCGAGAAUGGGCUACAGCGAUUAUUUGUGUUGAUAGAGAAGGUCAUAAUAUAUCUCCGUUUUUGAUAGUAAAAGGCGAAUACCAUCUUUCAAAUUGGUAUACCGAAGGUGAUUUACCAUACGAUUGGCUUAUUAAACCUACUAUCAAUGGAUGGACAGAUAACGAGACAGGUCUUGAAUGGAUUAAGCACUUCAACAAACAUACUGAAAAGCUCUUAAUUCAUACGAAUACGCUUUUAGCUGCUGAGGUUCAUAAUCUCCGCAAAGCAAAUGAAGUACUUAGUAAACGCUGGAGAGCUAGAAAAGCUUUAAUACGAAAAGGAGGAGGUCCUGAUAAACCACGUUAUGUGAUCUUGGUCACCUGA